CAUGAAUCUUCUAGGAGCUUUACCCAAGCAGUUGGGUCACUUGGACUAGCAAAGAAUGGUCCAAGACUUGCAAUGGCUUGGAUUGGGAAGGAUGUGAAUGAAUGGCAUAGACGUAUUGCUUAUCAGGUUGCAGUUUAUGCUUUAAUGAAAUCAGCCAUUGAUUUGGAGAUGUUGCUUUCACAUGAACUACUGAAUGACUUUUCCCCUGUUAAAGAGAUUUUGACCCCAUUAAUAAAUCAGAUGGGAGAGCACAUUGAAAUCCGACUGAAAAUGAAGCAUCCAUAUUUGGUGCAGUGGUUUCAAGACACCGAAAUGCCGCGAAUAGCAGGAUAUUUUAUUCCACUUCUAAAAAAGUGGUCUGCGGAAUAUGCAGGAAGAUUCAACAAAUAUUCAGCAGAAGGAAUUUAGCCUGACAGAAAAGUAUUCAGCGGUAUUGCAGGAAUUGUUUUGGCCAUAACCUCCUGUUGUGCAGUGGUGAAAUUGGGCUCUUGUCGUAUCUGCUGCCCCUUGCUUGUAUUGUCUCUUGAAGAUGUUUUGGUCAAGCUCGUGGAUUUUUCACUCAAUCUUGCAUCUGUGGACAAGUUACACCAGUUAGCAACUGAGGCAGGAUUUGAACUGAAUUUCUUGUUCCAUUUUGGUGGGAAGGUUUUUCCUAGUGAAAAAACCGAGGACCUAGAAUUUUGGAUUGGUUUGGCCCAUAGGAAACUAUUGAAAGCUUUUUGUGAAGAAAGCAUCAUUUCAAACAAGCAAAAUUUUCAGCAAAAGGUCAACUUGCAGACUCAUACAGAAAUUCAUGGAUUCAUAGAAUAGAACUUAAAUUUGAGCUUUAGAAACUUGUCUCAUUCAUAUUCAAUAGCAGAAACUAUUAGGCAACAUAUUUUGGAUCAAAUAUCAGUCCUUUUCUCUAGAUGCACAGUUGACUUGAAGGGCAUGCUUCAUCAUUGUGUAUUUCUUUUUCAGCUUUAUAAAGCAGAGAGAAGAUAUUCCUUGUCAUGCUUUACAUGAUCACAUGCCUGUUAAAUAUCCAAUCUUGUCAAUCUCGUUUUUUAAUAGGUGCAGUGGUUAUUUAGCACUCUGCAUUCAGAUAGUUGUUUAUGGUGUAACUUUUACAGAUUCAAACAGAUAGUUUGGCCACAUUAGGGCUUUUUGCAUAUCUUGGAAGAAAGACUAGAAUAUUUUUGUCGGCAAUGGGAAUUAGGGAUCUUGAUGAAAUGGUUAAGGAAUUCCUCAGUUACUUGGAAUAUGGCAUUCUUUUCAUUUAUCCUGAAUUUUCCUCCAUCUCAGUGUAUCAGUGUUUCACGGAGGUAGUAACUGAUGAGAUAGGAUGGCUUGAUUUUUAUGCUUCGCAUGUUCAAAUAAACUGCAAGGAGAAAAGGCCCAAACAUAAUACUCGCCAAGCAGAGAAAGAGAUAAUUUAUUCUGUAGUUUUUACUGUGUGCUAUGAUGUUUUCUCUGGGUUUGCACACUUCAAUCGUUCAACUCAACAAUCCUUGGACACGGCUUCAUUGUCAUACUUGCUUCGCUGUCAGAGGUUGCUAAGUAUUUGUUUGCAAGAUCACUGGGCUGCUUAUGACAAAUCAGGUGAAUCACCAAGUAUUGUGGAUCAUGCUGCAUUUGACAACCACACAUCAUAUAUGGGAGGUAUAAAUCAAUCCAAGUUAUCUUUGGUAUUUGAAGUGCGUCAGAUGUCACGCGAUUUAACUUCAGAAGGAUGUUCAGAGAGUAAUUUUCGAACCAGAUCUAUAUUAGAAAAGGCUCCAAUUGCAGCAAUCAAGAACAAUAAAACAUAUGGGAAAGGUUCCAGCAUUGACAUGUCAAAUACUCUGCAUGAAAGUUUUAUCAAGAGAUACAGUAUCAAGUUGGCAUCCACAAGUGCAGACCUCUGGAUGGGUACUGUGUUGCUCUUCAUGGACAUCAUGGUUGCUUUAGAGGUACUUGUAAGGCAAGCGCAUGGCUACAAGGCUUCAAGAAGUCAAAGAAAAAGGCUAAACAGAACCAAGACUGACAUAAUUGUGCUAAUUCCAGUGACAAUCUUGAUGCUACUUCCGGUAACAGCAGUAGGCCAUGCAGCUAUACUAGCAGCUAUCAAGAAGUAUAUGCCAUUCUUGAUCCCUUCCUCAUAUUCUUCAGAGCGCUUGGAUGUUGUAAAGCAAAUAAAGCAAACCAGAGAGAUGGGUGAUCAGUCAUGGGGAGGCCUUGAAGAUCAAUCAGCAACGGUUUCUUGAGUAUGAUAGCUUGUUACAUUUGGGUCAGUGCUUGAUCGUUCAAAUCAAAC